AUGGCCGAGAACCAGGACUCUUUCCCUCAUUAUUGGGGGAAUCUAACGGGCCACGCGCCGUGCUGCUCGUCCAUGAAAUACGCUCGCCUCGACACGAUCCACAACGCUUGGAACAGUAAAACUCUACAGAAGAAGGUCUGCAAUAGAAUCCUCUCAGUGAGUGACACCAGCACCAAGUCUACGAUCUCCGAUACAAUCGUAGUGACGCAUUCAAUGGGGAAUUUGAUGCUGGCGGGUGCGAUCGCUAACGGUCUGUGUGAGCUGGACUCGAGCUCGACGUGGGUGGGUUUGGCGGGGCCUAUGAAGGGCAGCAUGGCUUCAGACUUUGUCCUAGACUCGUGUGCGGGUAAGACGAACGUUGUGCUGGAGAAGUUUGGGGAAAUCACGGGGAAAUGCCCCGCCAAGAUCUCGAUCAAGUCGCUGGCGUACGAAGGCGAAAGUUACAGCUCCCCAGCGUUGAAUGCGGCGUAUACAGCAGCGCAGAAGGCUUAUAAGGAGAACGUCUACGCCUUGAUGUGCGGGGAGGGCUUCUCCGGCCUGCUGUCGACGUACCAGGCGCAGUUCUGGGUGCUGGGCAAGUUGGUCCCGCACAAGUCGAAGCUACACGACGGCAUGGUGGAGUUCCAGAGCUGCGCCGUCGGAUUCCCCGAGUCGAAGUUUGGAAAGUCGUACCGCGACAGGUUUUACCGGACGAAGCUCAAUCACUUCGAUAUGCAGUUCCUGGCGGGUGACUCACUGCUGAACGAGGCCAAGAUGCCUGUUAAAUGGUUCGAGUGCUUGCUGUAA